UACCUGACAAGUGGCGUCCGCCGAACAUAUCAAAUCGCCUCCAAUUCAGGCGAAAAACAGGAGAGAUCUUGGAAUACGAAGGAGUCAUCGGCGAGAACGAUCAACACGCGACCUAAACUAGACCAUGAUGAUAAUACCGAAGAGGUGGAUUUGGUUGAGGAAUCAGAUCGGUUAGUAGAAAGAGAAGAGAAAAAAGAAUCUAGAGCUUGCACAGAGGCAAAUGAUGCAGAAAGUCCUAUCAGAGUCACCGCUUCCCCCGUAGGAUCCUUUCCUUGUCUGCCUGUCUCAGUGAUUUCACGCGACCGCUGCCACCGUAUUCGUGCUGCUCAAAACAUUGUUCUACACUCUGCCUCAAACCGUUGA